AACAGAAGCCUACACACCGGCAGCCUAGUGCACAGCUUACAGUGUAACCCACGAAAUACAGUUUAAUGUGGUGGGGAUCUAUAUUUUGCGAAAAGAAAGGCUCCACAUCCUGCAUUGUGGCUUUAAGAAUGGGGCUUCCUUGAAACCGUCAAGUUCCAUGUUAGUAUGGUGAAAUUGAUGAAGUUGUUGAACGUGAGCCCAUUUAGAAACAAAAUAACCAAUUUUUACCAGUUUUAAACAUUGCAUUUUUCUUUAAAGUACCUCGGAGCGACAUGUUACCCUGCGUGUGUUUUGCUGCUGUUUAGUGUAUUUCUUAGUUCCACGCACAGUAUGCGCGUAUGUAGACAGGGAGUGGCAAAAUAUAAAUAAUUUUUUGCCAUAACUCCUUGAACUAUUUUAUAUAGAGUAUUAACGUCUGUGCCUUUGAGUGGCGGACCUAAUGGACCAUUCGUCGUCGGUUAUCACGCAAGUAACAAAGGAUGAGGAGGAAAAUGCGACUUGUCGUGAGGAAGGCACCGGUGCUGUGUCCCUGUCAAAGAAGCCUCGUGGCAGAGGCAUUUUGCAGAGUAUCUUCUGCUGUCUCUGUCAUAAAGAAACAGAGCCACCUCCGGUAAACAACAAUGCCCCCCUAUUAGUUGAAGAAAAUGGGACUCUGUCCAAAGUUCCAGCAAAACCACUGCUUCCACAGAUCAAAUCAAAGGAUGCAGGGAAGAUCUGUGUGGUCAUUGAUUUGGAUGAAACACUAGUACAUAGUUCAUUCAAGCCAGUGAACAACGCAGAUUUUAUCAUUCCAGUGGAAAUUGAUGGAACAGUUCACCAGGUGUACGUGUUGAAGCGACCCCACGUUGAUGAGUUCCUCAAACGGAUGGGGGAAUUGUUUGAGUGUGUUUUAUUCACUGCCAGCUUAUCUAAGUAUGCAGAUCCUGUGUCGGACCUGUUGGACAAAUGGGGUGCUUUCCGUUGUCGUCUCUUCCGGGAGUCCUGCGUCUUCCACAGAGGGAACUAUGUUAAAGACUUGAGCCGGUUAGGUCGUGACCUCAACAAGGUCAUCAUCAUCGACAACUCCCCAGCCUCCUAUGUCUUCCAUCCUGACAACGCAGUCCCUGUAGCUUCCUGGUUUGAUGACAUGUCAGACACUGAGCUCCUCGAUCUCAUCCCUUUCUUUGAGAGACUAAGCAAAGUGGAUGACAUCUAUGAUAUUCUUAAGCAGCAGAGGACUACAAGCUAACAAAAAGUGGAAACCAGUAUGAUCAUAAGCACCAGCAGCUGUCAUCAUGGGGCCACGGAGGCUGGUGGACGCAGGCUCCACGCUGCUUCCCACAACAAGGACCACACUGCAAAAAAUGUCUCACUUAUUAAGUGAUUUAAUCCUGUGUUCCAGUCUUACUUUUCCUAUAACAAGGGAAAUAAAUCUUCCAGUGCAUGACAAUGGCAGUCCAUUGGAAACUAUUAGAAUCCCACUGUCAGAUUUAAUUCAGUUGUUUUACAGAAAAAAAAAAAAUAUGUAUAUAUAUUUUGAGACUGAAUAUGAGAUUACAUGACUUUUAAAGAUGUCUUUUGCAGUGCAGCUAUUGUGUUGGUGUUGGUAUUGGGCAGUAAGGACUGUAAGUGUGGCAUAAACCCGGAUUGUGUGAAGAGUCGUGCCGUUCUAUAAAUGCAAAUGAACCAUAUCAGUCAUUUUUCCCCUGCAGUACAAUGUAGCAUUGUAAUUAACAUUUUAACAAUCCUCACACUGAAUCCUGUUUUUAGAAGAUUAUUUUUUGAGGUGGACUGAAACCUGUUACUCAACUUAUUUUUUUAUGCCUAAAAUACCCAAUUAUAUAUGUUUGUACUAAAAGACAAUCAUAGUAGCUGUAAAGAUUAAAUUAGAUUUAUGUUGUAGAAUUUUUGCUAAAUUGUUUCAUCAUAUGACAUAUUUCACUACAAUAUUCAAAUUGUUAUGUGCCUCAAACACUAUGCACUUAAUUGUAUAGCAAUAAUUUUGGCAAGCUGUGAACAAGCACAGUUUGCUGGGAAAAGUGGUCCCAAAAACAUGAAAAACAUGUUUGGAUAAAACACGUUUUUCCAUCCUUUGAAAAUACCCAGGCAGUAAUCCACUGUAGUUAAAUGUAGUCAUUCACUACAUUACAGAUGAUUGGUAAAACCAUCACUGGUUUACCAUUUUCACUCUGUCCAAACAGUACUGUAAUCAAAUUAUUGUGUGAUAAAUCUUUCAAUUAUGAUUUGUACCAAUCCAAUUCGCACAAAAUGCCCUAAUUUGGGUAUCCAUCUGGUUGACUACAUACUUAACCAACCAACAACUCUUGGAGGAGUAGUAAGACAGACCGGAUAUAGGCAUUAAGAGAAAUUCCAUCUUUUCUCCGGACGGAACGCACACAGUGGUCAGACUUUUCAUCCCAUGUCUGAUGGACAGAUUCACAAAGUGCCAUUACAGAUGUGGUCAGAUUAUUUUUGUACAUAUAUCAGGAUUUUAGGCAAUCGUUUUUUGAUGUGUUUUUAAUAAUGUAAUUUUACCUAUGUUGAAAAAGGUGUUUUAAGUUUUUGGUUGAAUUGAUGUGGGCAAAGGAAUACGAUGGGCUGUCCAUGAAUAAUGCAGUUUGUUUCUGUCUUCAGGAGGAGGCUGUAGUGGUCUGCAGCAUCAUCUUAGACGGGUUUGACAUUUGAUUUUGAAGCACGUUGUUGCCUCCCGUUGUUGAACUUGAAUCUGAGCUUUGAAUCUGUGACAUCAAUCGAGGGUACUGCCCUUUCAGUUGAUUUUGACAGGGGAGACUUCUGCCAGACAUGUUCCUAGCCCUGAUUCAUUUUGCCUCAAUCUGGUGUGAGUGUGAGUUUGUCCAUGUAUUUGUGUGUGUGGGUUUCCGUGUGAUUGUGUCUGCGUGAGUAUUUCCAUAGUUUUAAAAUUCAACAAAAGGAAAAAACAAAAAACAAAAAAUAAAAAACCCCACAAAAAAACAAAUGUAAUAAUACAUGAAAGAAAAUGUAACCUUUCUUGAAAUAAUGAUUUAACUUUUUUACUGUAUCCAACAAGAGUAUUAAUGUUGACACUCAAGUAAAGAAACUGGCUAAAGUAAAGUGUUUUAAGUGUUUAAAUUGCUGCUGAUAAAUGUUAAGAUUGAGAAAAAAAAAUACAAUAAGAGAUAUUUGUACCUUGCAUCAAUAAAGCAUGUUUUAUUGAAAGAG